AUGCGAAUGCUGAGCGGUUUCUGCCUCCUGUCCGCAUGCCUCCUCCUUGCAGGUGAUGCCGCCAAGAUGAAGGCAAAGUCCUCUGGCAACCUGCAGGACUCCAUGCUGACGCUCUUGGCCUCUACGGACUCUCGUUCUCAGAAGGUCUCAAGCAUGGAGAGUAUGGUGAUGGAGCUCGCCAAGCAGGCAAAGAUGGCCACAGCGGAUCCGGGGAACACCUCGGAGCUCGUUGAGUCCAUCAAGCCAGUCCUCCAGGACAUGCUGACGAAUGUGUUCAAGGCGGCGGACGCGCUGAACGCCAGCUGCGAGGCAUCGCGGCAGAACCUCACCACCUGCCCCCAAGUGACGGAGGACACGCUGUUCCACCCUCCGCACUUCGAUGGGAACUGGGAGACUCUGAGGAAAAAUCACCGGAGCUGUCGGGAGGAGGUGCCGCUGUUGAAGGCGGAGGCCGAUCAUUGCUCCACCAUGCGGGACAACCUGCUGGAGACGGAGGAGGCUGCGCUGGAGACCUUCCGGUCACUGAACAUCUUCAACAGUCCGCAAGAGUGCCAGAUAGCUUCCUCCACGAGCGCGGAGGACUACUACAAGCGCAUGUACGAGCACUUCGACACACAGUCCGCUCAAUGGUGGACAGCGUACGAGCAUUUGGACCAGGUCGUCAAAAACCUGACGGCUUGGAACUGCUCCAAGCCCACCAAUGCCUACUACAUCAAGGUCGGGCAAUGUCAACGGAUGCAGCUUGAGCUAGAGGAGACUGCGUGCGAUGUCUACAGCAGGACCAACGAGUCCUGUGCCGCGCUGGGAUCUUGUCAAAAUGCCCGAUGGCAGUCCUAUUCCGAGGUAGUGGCUUCGAAUGCAGAAAGCCUCUCCGCGCUCCAGGACGAGUAUCGGGGGACGAAGCGCAUCCAGUGCCUCAUCGAGGCCUUCGCGGCAGACGACGUCGACCAAGCGCUGGAAGAGUGCAUCCAAAAGCGCUACAGCACCAGUGCCGUCAAUUCAACGUGCCUGGAGAACUUUGGCGUUGAUCAGAAGCCGACCUAUGUGACACCGAAAGUCUGCGGCGGGAUUGAGGCGAUUCUUUCCCCCGCAGACAAGAAUUUCCGAGCGUCCGAGUACGAUGCGCGAAACAUUGAAGCCGGACCUUGUCUCGCCCCGUGCUGUUCGGAUGGUGAGCCUUUCUUCCAGUUCAACAUGAUCCCGAACACCUGG